GACAAAAAAUGGAACACACCAGCAGUGUGAGGAGACCUGAAAGUGGCACAUGGCAUGGCAGAGUGUGGCGAUGGAGACAGCAGCAAUGGGAGGCCGUACAGGGACCCAUGAGAGACUCUGGACCUGGCAGCAGCAUGAGGAGGCGGUACAGGGGCCCAUGGCAGAUUACGGGCCUGGCAGCAGCAAUGGGAGGCCCGUAAUCUGCCAGCACCCUAUGACAAAAAAUGGAACACAACAGCAGUGUGAGGAGACCUGAAAGUGGCACAUGGCAGAGUGUGGCGAUGGAGACAGCAGCAAUGGGAGGCCGUACAGGGACCCAUGAGAGACUCUGGACUUGGCAGCAGCAUGA